AUGCCCAGAGGUGCACUCAGAAUAAGGCUAGCCAGAUUUGGCAGAAGGCACCAACCUCUAUACAAUAUUGUCGUGGCUAACGCUAGGAAAGCCAGAGAUGCUGUGCCCAUAGAAGUCAUCGGCACAUACAACCCUACUCCCAUCCCACUUACGCCAGAAGAACAAGCCAAGGGAACGAAGCCAUACAAACACAUCGAGUUAGAUUUCGAUAGGUCCAAGUACUGGUUGGGUGUUGGUGCCGAAGUCACGGAUCGUGUAGGCUUCCUAUUCAAAAGAGCAGGGUUACUUCCUGAAGAGUGGCCCAAGCCUGCUAAACUCACUCAACACAUCAAGAAGCCUAUUGUCGAGGACAUCCGCAUAGAAAAGGAAGAGCCCAAGGAGCUCUACAGACCCAGAGAUUAA